GGUUGAAGUGGGAGGGUGUACGACACUGCAAGGCACCAGCAACGGAGUUCGUUUCUUUUACGUUUCAAAUCCAAAAUGUGCUCAAACUUCUAUCAGUCUGAGGUCUGGGGAUAAAACACACGGAUUACUUUUCAUUUCCUUCCAAAAGAAAGUGAGAACGCUGGAUUAAAACUUUUUGACCGAUCAGAGAGCUGGCGAAAGAACUCCGGAGCCCGGAUCGACACCAAUGGGUGAAUAGUGUUUCAUUCUGGAAAUAAUAACACGCGAUCAACGAUGGCUGGUCUGAGUAACUCUAAUAUGAAGACCCUGGAGGACCUUACUCUCGACUCCGGCUACGGUGCAGGGGACUCGUGCAAGUCUCUCAGCCUCUCCUCGUCCAAGUCAAACUCACAGGCGUUCGUUAGCACUCCUCACCGGGGCAACUGGUGGUACUACUCUGGGUCGAUGAACAGCAGGAAUAACAGCUGGGACACGGUCAACACGGUGCUACCUGAGGACCCCGAGGACAUCUUCUCCAAGUGCCCCCGGCUGCCGGACUUGGAGGAGUUCCCCUGGACGGAGGAGGACGUGGGCAGGGUACUGCGUAAAGUGGCCAACAAGGGCCCGGCAUUCUCCUGCGACGCCGUCCGGAGGCUGUCCACGCUGAUGCGCAGGGCUCUCAUCCGCAUCUCUAGGGAGGCUCAACGGCUGAGCGUCAUGCACUGCCGGUGCACCCGGUUCGAGGUGCAGAGCGCCAUCCGGCUGGUCCUGAGCUGGGCACUGGCUGACCACUGCGUGUCCGCCACCGUGAAAGCCAUCUCCAUGUACAACAUGAGCGCGGGGGAGCUGCUGCGCAAAGGCAAGUCAGCCAGGUGCGGCCUGACCUUCUCUGUGGGACGCUUCUUUCGGUGGAUGGUGGACACGCGCAUCGCCGUGCGCAUCCACGAGUACGCCGCCAUCUGCCUGAGCGCUUGCAUGGAGGCUCUCGUGGAGGAGGUGGGCGCGCGCGUGCUGAUGACCGACGGCUUGGCUUCCAGCAGCGGGGCGCUCACCGCGGAGGUGCUUGAGGGGGUCGUCAACAACGACGCGGAACUUUGGGGGGUCCUUCAGCACUACGAGCAUCUCAUAUGCGGGAAGAACGCCAACGGUGUCCUGUCCCUGCCGGCCCACUUCAGCCCGUACACGGAGCAGUCGUCUGGGCAGGAGAGCCGCGAGGAUGCCUACGCCCAGCUGGAGCUGCGCACGCUGGAGCAGUCUCUCCUGGCCACCUGCGUGGGUAGCAUCUCCGAGCUCAGUGACCUGGUGUCGCGGGCCAUGCACCACAUGCAGCGGCUGAGCGCGGUGCGUCCCGGCAUGAGUCCGGCUCGUCAGGCCAGGCCCCAGCCCGUCUCCUGGUCCCCCGACGCCCUGCACACCCUCUACUACUUCCUGAGGUGCCCACAGAUGGAGUCCAUGGAGAACCCCAACCUGGACCCACCGCGCAUGGUGCUCAGCAAGGAGAGGCCCUUCCUGCUGAUGCCGCCCCUGAUGGAGUGGAUGCGGGUGGCCAUCGUGCACGCCGAGCACCGCCGCAGCCUGCUGCUGGACAGCGACGACGUCAGGCAGGCUGCACGCCUCCUCCUACCCGGCCUGGACUGCGAGCCACGCCUGCUUAAGCCUGAGUGCUGCUUCAGCUCCUUCAGGCGUCUGGAUGCCAAGGCCGCCACAGAUAAGUUCCAGCUGGACCUGGGCUUCCGGAUGCUCAACUGUGGCCGCACCGAUCUGAUUGGCCAGGCCAUCGAGCUGCUGGGGCCAGACGGGGUGAACGCUAUGGACGACCAGGGUAUGACUCCUCUGAUGUAUGCCUGCUCUGCUGGAGACGAGGCCCUGGUCCAGAUGCUGAUUGAUGCCGGAGCAAACCUAGACGUGGCGGUUCCUGUGUGUUCUCCAAAGCAUCCAUCGGUUCACCCUGACAGUCGCCACUGGGUCGCUCUGACCUUUGCUGUUCUCCAUGGACACAUUUCAGUAGUACAGCUCCUCCUGGAUGCCGGCGCGAGUGUGGAGGGCGCAGCUGUCCGGAACGGCCAGGAGUGCAGCGCCGACACCCCUCUCCAGCUGGCCUCCGCAGCAGGUAACUAUGAGAUGGUGACUGUGCUGCUGGCUGGCGGUGCCGACCCCCUGCUGAAGGCCCAGGGGAACAUGCUGUCGGCAUCGCUCUACGAGGACAUGAACUGCUUCAGUCACGCGGCCGCACAUGGACACAGGAACGUGCUCCGUAAGCUGCUGGCCCAGCCGCAGCAGGUGAAGGAGGACGUGCUGUCCCUGGAGGAGAUCCUGGCCGAGGGUGUGGAGGGCAAGCUGGAGAUGGAGAUGCCCAUUCUCAUCCGCAACGGGGACUGCUCCCUCAGACCCGGCUCCAGAGGAGGAGGAGGAGGAGUACCAGGCCCUCCCCCGUCCCCCAGCCCCAGCCUCCUGUCGGUCUCCAGCAGUGGGAGCGGGGGCUCGCGCAUGUGCAAGGCCCGCACAAAGACCCUGCAGGAGGCCUCCUUCUACAGCGCCGAGCAUGGCUAUCUGGAUGUCACCAUGGAACUCAGGAGUCUAGGAGUGCAGUGGAAGCUGCACGUGUGGCUGGAGUCCCUGCGCAGUGCCCAGCAGCAGAGCCGGCCGGCUGUGGCGCUCUCCCUCCUCCGGGACUUCACCUCCAUCAGGCAGGAGGACUACUGCGAGGAGCUGGUCUGCCUCGGCCUGCCCCUCAUGUUCACCAUCCUCAGAACCAACAAGCAAAAUGAGGCAAUAGCGCAGCAGCUAGCAGGCAUCUUCAGCCAUUGCUAUGGAGCAGCCCCCCUGCCCCCCAUCCCUGAGGUGAAGUCCACACUCCUAGCGCAGCUGGAUCCACACUUCCUGAACAACCAGGAGAUGUCGGACGUGACCUUUGUGGUGGAGGGGAAGCCUUUCUACGCUCACAGAGUCCUACUGAUCACAGCCUCCGACAGGUUCAAGUCUCUGCUGGCACAGAGUGGAUCGGAUGGCUCCCAGAGCAAAGACAUUGAGAUCAGUGAUGUCAAAUAUAAUACUUUCCAAGUGAUGAUGUCUUAUCUGUACUGCGGAGGCACAGAGGCGCUAAAAACCAACGUGUCAAACAUGUUGGAGCUCCUCUCCGCUGCCAGCCUGUUCCAGCUGGGGGCGCUCCAGAGGCAUUGUGAAAUCAUCUGCUCUCAGAACAUCAGUCUGGACAACGCCGUCAGCAUCUACCGUACUGCCAAGGCCCAUGGUGCUGCGGAGCUGAGUGCCUACUGCGAGGGCUUCUUCCUGCAGCAGAUGCCGGGGCUGAUGGAGCAGGAGGCCUUCCGAUCGCUGCUGCUGCUGGGGCCUGGGGCCCGCUGGGGGGCCCACUCCAACGCCACCACCAGGGACACCCCCCUCGACGACAUGGAGGCCAUGCUGGCACGCAGGCUGCGCUCGCUCUAUGUCACCUCCAGAGUGUGAGGAGGAAGAGGAGGUGGAGGACGAGAAAGAGGAGGAGAAGAACGGAGGUGAUGGAGAAGGAGGAUGGUCAUGGAG